UCUCUCUCUCUCUCUCUCUCUCGUCUUCUUGGCUUCUCUUCUCUCUUUAUUUCUUUCUUUCUUCUUUCCCUUCUCUCUCUCUCUCUCUCUCUCUCUCUCUCAAACUCAAUUUCGUGAUGGCGCUCAAAUUGAACGCUAACAACAACUACCUUUCACUAAGCUCUUCAAAUUGUUGGCCUUCCAAUGGCUCCCCUUGCACAGGCAGAAAAGUAUUGGCUUUGCGGUGUUUGUUACGAAAUAAAUGGGGUAAUUCAAGAAAGGGCUGCCUGAUACGACAAUUUUUUGUGUCGAAUGGUGAUGCUGGUUUGGUGGGGUGUGGGAAGUACUAUAUAACGCUUUCCAAACCCAGGAGGAGGGGAUACAUUUUCCCAUUUGCCUCAGCUGAUGAUGGUGUGACUGUCAACGGGAGUCCCCAAUCUAGCACGAGUACAGACCUCGAGAAAAUGAGGGUGAAACUUAAUAGCUCACUUGAAGAUGGAGACUUCUGUGAUGCACUUGUUCAAGCUUUAUAUGACGCUGCCAGGGUUUUUGAAUUAGCUAUUAAAGAGCAUAAAUCAUUAGCAAGAGUAUCCUGGGUUUCAACUGCCUGGCUUGGGGUAGACCAAAAUGCAUGGGUGAAGCCAGUGUCAUAUCAGGCUGCUGUUUUCUCCUUAUUGCAUGCGGCAAGUGAAAUUUCAUCGCGAAGAGAUGGCAGCGACGACAGAAAUGUCAAUGUCUUUGUUCAAAGGAGUUUGCUGAGGCUAUCUGCUCCCCUGGAGGGUUUAAUUAGAGAAAAAUUAUCAACCCAAAUGCCCGAAGCAUAUGAAUGGUUCUGGUCUGAGCAGGUUCCAGCUGUUGUGGCAUCCUUUGUUAAUAAGUUUGAAGGGGAUGGACGCUUUUCCGCUACUGCUGUUUUGAAUGGAAAAAGUAUGGGUUCAAGCAGUGCAAGUGACACGUCCCUUCUUCUGCUUGCACUAACAUGCAUUGCUGUAGUCUCUAAACUUGGCCCGGCCAAAGUUUCUUGUUCACAAUUCUUUUCCAUGAUCGCAGAGAUAACUGGUAGUUUAAUGGACAUGCUGGCUGGUCUAAUUCCUGUAAGCCAAGCUUAUAAUUCUAUAAAGGAUAUUGGUCUGCACAGAGAAUUUCUUGUUCAUUUUGGGCCAAGAGCUGCAGCCUGUAGAGCAAAAGAUGAAUGGGGUUCAGAAGAGAUUGUUUUCUGGGUGAAUCUUGCUCAGAGGCAACUGCAGCAAGUUAUUGAUAAGGAGAAAAUCUGGUCAAGACUGACAACUUCUGAAAGUAUUGAGGUUUUGGAGAAGGAUUUGGCUAUAUUUGGAUUCUUUAUCGCUUUAGGAAGAAGUACACGGUCCUUCCUUUUGGCGAAUGGUUUUGAUACCCUUGAUGAUCCACUGGAAGAUAUCAUCAGGUACCUUAUAGGAGGCAGCGUUUUUUACUACCCUCAGCUCUCAUCCAUUAGUUCAUACCAAUUGUAUGUGGAGGUAGUUUGUGAAGAGCUGGACUGGCUUCCUUUUUAUCCGGGUAUCACCAGCAUUACAAAACAGACUCACACGCAUAAAAGUAAAGAUGAAGGUCCCCCAAAUGCUGAAGCAGUACCCCAGGCAUUUUAUGUUUGUUCUCAUUGGAUUCAGAGCUUUAUCAAAUAUAGUACAUGGCUAGAAAGCCCCUCAAAUGUGAAAGCAGCUGAAUUUCUGUCAAUAGGGCACAAGAAGUUGAUGCAGUCCAUGGAAGAACUUGGGAUGAAAACGGAGAAGACAUUAGAAAAAGAGAUCAAGAAAACAGUUGAUAGACAGAGAUCUGCAGUUAAGUCAAUUGCAAAAGAUUCAGAUUCAUUUGAUGAGGCAUUGAAAAGUGUUGAAGAAGCUGUGACAAGACUCGAAAAGUUGCUCCAAGAGUUACAUGUAUCAAGCUCUAUUUCUGGAAAAGAGCAUAUAAAAGCAGCCUGUUCUGACCUGGAAAAAAUACGAAAACUUAGGAAAGAAGCUGAAUUCCUGGAAGCAUCUUUCAGGGCGAAGGCUGAUUCUUUACAGCAGGGAGUUGGUGGUGGUCAGUCUCACACACAAGUUGGUGAUGAUCAAGAAUUUACGAAAGGGAAAAGCAGAAAGAAUGCAAAUGCAAGGGUGGAUAGGAGCAAAAGAAAUGUUGGAAAAUCUCGUGGAUUCUUGGACAUCAUUAUACCUCGUGGUAGCAGAAAGUCUGACCUGGAGGCUGAUGUGAGUGCUUCUGAUAAUCAUGAUGAGCAGUCUCCACCAAAUGUAGGGAUCAUGGACCAAGAAUUCAGUGAAUUCCGCCGGUUUGAGACUCUGAGAAAGGAGUUAAUGGAACUUGAGAAACGCGUCGAAAAUAGUACAUAUCAAUCAGAAAAUAACGAGGAUUUAGUAGUCAUUGAUGAUGGUGCUCGUUAUAGUGAUGCUGCUGGAUCUUUUCAGUUGUCCAGGGUUCAGAAGAAGGAAAAUAUCAUAGAGAAAUCUUUAGGCAAAUUAAAAGAAACAGGAACGGAUGUCUGGCAAGGAACUCAACUUCUAGCUAUUGAUGUCGCUGCUGCUACAGGAUUGCUUAGAAGGGCUCUGAUUGGGGAUGAAUUGACUGAGAAGGAGAAGAAAACGCUUAAAAGAACGGUGACUGACAUGGCUUCAGUUGUUCCUAUUGGUGUUUUGAUGCUUCUUCCAGUUACUGCAGUUGGGCAUGCAGCCAUGUUGGCUGCAAUUCAGAGAUAUGUACCGGGUCUGAUUCCAUCGACUUAUGGACGAGAAAGGUUGGAGCUCUUGAGGCAGCUUGAGAAAGUGAAGCAAAUGGCAGCCAUUGAUGUGGACUCGGAUGACGAAGACGAUGUAGAAAAAUAAUCAAAAGCAAUUCAGAUUAUGUACAGCUACCAAAACAUAACAUUCUUUGUGGUCAGAUAGAAAUUUUGAUUGGCCUUUGUUCUGCACUUUCUGGGGGAAGUUCUUAGAGAGUUAGUUGAGCAUAA